GCGUUGGCCUUGAUGUCGACGAUGUCUCCGACGUGGUAAGGACGGAGGUACGUCGAGAGCUUGAUGGGGCCAUGCUGCCUGAACUUCCUGGCGAACAGGUGGCGAGUUCGGGCGCGGAGACCAAACGAGUGAGGCAUUCUGGCGGGGGGCAGGGCAGCAUUGGAUCAGUAUGUGCUGGAGCAUCAACGAGGUGACGACGAGUGGCAGCGAUCGAGGCGUGCAGCAGCGCGCAGAGGUAGCAGAAGAGCGAGAGCGUGAUCCAGCAUCGACUAUCCCGCAGCCAGGCCAGGAUUGCAAUGUGAUUCGACCUCCCCACACCAGUCGUCUUCAACCUGCUCCACCCUCUCUCCUCUCUCCUCCCUUUGGCAGCAGCUGCUCAGACCUGCGGAUAGCAGUGACUGCAACGUCUGUGCAAAUAUCUGACCAUCCCAUCCAACUGUCCUCGAUUCCCAUCUGGUCUCGACGAACUCGAGCAUCUCCCUCUUGCCCACUCUGCCCGAAUGCACCACUCGGCUCUGCAUGCUCAUGCUGUGCCUUUCGCGCUGCUGCUGCUGCUGUGAUCGUCGCUGCCAUCGCUUGCGUCGCUUGGAUACCAACCUGAAGGAUGAAGAAGGGGGGGAGGGUGACGGGUGGUAAGGAAGAAGGUGCGAAUUGGCGCUCGUCUACUCGUG